AUGAGCGAGCGAGGUUCGGAGAUUGUCUUUCGGGCGGAGAACAUUCCGAUCCGCUUCUUCAAAGCAUGCCGGUGGUGUCGCCGGCAGAAGAUGCGCUGUGAUGCGCGCACCCAAGUCCCAUGUUUUCGUUGUCGUUCUACUGGUCGGGACUGCAUUCUCGACCCUAUCGAAGACACUAGACGGCACAGUGACCGUCGGAGGAAGACCGCGACACCUACGCGAUAUAGCGGCUCGGCAGUAGAUUCCCCGCUUGAUCAGCGGAGUGGGCUUCAUACGCCUGUAUCAAGGGAGCAAGAGUAUUCUCCCAUUGCUGGAGGUGAUACUACGUUUGAUGCCUCAAUUGAUUCAAUGCCAGAUUCAUCGGCCUUCAGAGAUCUGCGAAGGCCCCAGACAACUGAUCAUCAUGGACCUGAGUCGCAGCAUUUGAGUCCCAAUGAUAUGAUUGCUCCGGUCUCAGCGGUUCACUCCAUGUCUGUGAACCUGCUCGACAAUAAUCAUAUCUUCAUGGAUAAUUCAUCCAAGGGCGAUGGAAGAGGUGAUAUCAUUGCUCGUGGUAUCGUGAGCGAAGAAAAUGCUAGGAUCAUGUACGAAAGAUUCAUUGGUGGAAGCAAGAAUUUUCUACCCCUAUUUGAUCCAAUUCGUGAUACAUUCGACUCCGUCCGAUCACGUUCCUUAUUCUGUUUUACAGUGAUCAUUUAUCUUGCGAGUCGGGCCGUGAUGGACUUGCGCGGCGACACACAUAUGCAGCGCGUAUUGCAAGACGAAUCACAGAGACUCGCCGAAGAUAGUUUUUUUGAGCGUCCCACUAAACUUGAAACUGUCCAGGGAAUGAUACUCCUUGCCGCUUACUCUGAAAAGACAUGGUUCUCCACCGCACUCAUCUUGCGCACUGCUUUGGACUCCGGGCUGGAAAAGUCCCUAGAUACACUGUUAUCCCAAGAGAAUCUACCUCGCAGUUCACUCUCCGCCUCUAUGGCGGACCGCCAGCUAGUCUGGGAGACGCGAACCUGGCUCAUCAGCUUCACUCUGGAACUAGAUGUAGCAUCUGGGACCGGUCGCAAGUCGCGCAUUGGCGAGGUCGAUGUCAUAAAGCUGCGGAAAUUUCUUGACUAUCCUCUUUCCCUGCCUUGUGAUAUGCGAACAGUCAUUCGCGCAUCGUUAUUGAGAACUCAGAUUCUAUUCGGGAAAUAG